AUGAGCGCUGCAGCACGCGCGUGCGUUUGGCAGAGCGGCGGCGAGUCGGCGGCGGGCGCGGACGGCUCGGCGGCGGCGGCGGCGGGGGCGGGUGCGGAGGCGGGCGAGGCGGCGGGGGCGGCGGCGGAGGACGAGGACGAGGAGGCCGACGAGGCGACGGAGAUGCUGGCGCGCGGCGCUCUGGAGGGCUCGCUCUACCUGCGCUACAUCGGCGCGGGCUCGGGGCCCUUGCUGCUGGCCGGCGCGGCGGCCUUCUGGGACAACGCCACCGCCGCCGCCAACUCCACCGACGCCCCAGGGCUAGCGGACGCCGACUUCACCACAGUCCUCGGGGACGCGCUGCCCACGGCGGCCGCGCUGGCGCUCGCCGACGCCGCCUCCACCGUCACCGACGCAGUCACCGACGCCUUCACAGAAGCCUUCACGGAAGCCGUCUCACCGGAGAUCCCGUGGCUGCCGCCGGGGGCGCUGGCGCCCGAGGGCGGCGCGCGCUGGGCGGCGCAGGACGCGCUGCUGCUGUACGCGCUGCUGGUGGCCGCGUGCGCGCUGCUCACCACGCUGCGCGCGCUCGCCUUCUUCGCCGCCGCCAUGCGCUCGGCGCGCGCCCUCCACGACUCGGCCUUCGCCGCCGUCGCGCGCUCGCCCAUGCGCUUCUUCGACACCAACCCGGCAGGUCGUAUUCUGAACAGAUUCUCCAAGGAUCUGGGCUCUAUCGAUGAACUCUUGCCCAAGGCAAUGCUGGAAGCCAUUCAGGUGUUCCUCGUGAUGAUGAGCAUCCUGGUAAUGGUGAUCAUUGUGAACGCGUACUUCAUCAUCGUGGUGGUGGUGCUGGGCUUCAUAUUCUACAAACUGCGCACUCUGUACCUGGCGACGGCGCAGGACAUCAAGCGACUGGAAGGCAUCAGACGAGAACACGGCGUGCUGGUACCUGUCGCUGGCGACCAGCUGCGCCUUCGGCUUCUGCCUGGACCUCUUCAGCCUGUGCUUCGCACGCAGGGCGGCUGGGUGGGGCUGGCGGUGUCGCAGGCGCUCAUCCUGACGGGCAUGGUGCAGCACGGCGUGCGCCUGUCGGCCGACGCCGCCGCGCAGAUGACGGCGGUGGAGCGCGUGGCGCAGUUCGCGCGCCUCGAGCCAGAGCCGCCGCUCGAGACGGACCCCGCGCAUAAGCCGCUGCCCGGGUGGCCGCAGCAUGGGGAGAUCCAGUUCGACCACCUCAGCCUGAGGUACUCGCGGGGAGACCCGCCCGUGCUCCGCGAUCUCUGCUUCUCUAUCGAAGGGGCGCACAGGGUAAGAUGCAGGCAAAACUUGCAGCUGGGCCUGCACGAGCUGCGCCGCGCGCUCGCCAUCAUCCCGCAGGAGCCCGUGCUCUUCUCGGGCACGCUGCGCUUCAACCUCAGCCCCUUCGCCGAGUUCAGCGACGCCGCGCUCUGGGCCGCCCUCGACGAGGUGGAGCUGAAGGACGCGGUGGAGGCGUUGGACGCCCCAGUGGCUGAGGGCGGCGCCAACUUCAGCGUGGGGCAGCGCCAGCUCGUGUGCCUGGCGCGCGCCAUCCUCAGGGACAACCGCAUCCUGGUGCUGGACGAGGCCACCGCCAACGUCGACCCGCAGACGGAUGCCCUGAUUCAGGAGACCAUCCGACGUAAGUUCGGUGACAGAACAGUGCUCACCAUAGCUCACCGCCUUAACACUAUCAUGGACUCUGAUAAGGUGCUCGUCAUGGAUGCUGGUCAGGCAGUGGAAUAUGAUCACCCCCACAUUUUACUGCAAAAUAAAGAAAGCAUAUUCUCUGGCCUUGUGCAAGAAACUGGCAAAUCAAUGGCAGAAGAACUUGCCCAAAUAGCUGAAAAGUCGUACAAUCGUAAAAGGCAAACAGAAGACCUUGUUAAAUCAAGACCAAAAGAAGACUGAUACAAUCGUAGUUCCUCUUACAACAAAAGUUUAUGUGAUGUGAGACAAACAAACUUCUUUGUUCCUGCUUUGAAGACAAAAUGGUGUCAGAAAAACUUUGAAUGUGCCAAGAAUUUCAGCUGUUUGUUAAUGGUGAAGUUAAGUAUUUCCAUGACAUUUUGUGUAAGUGUAAGAAAUGAAUUUGAAAGAUGUGCCUAAAAACUGAACUAUUGUGUUUUUUUUUUUUGUUUUUUUAUAACGCAAUAUCUUCAAUUAUUAAGAACAACAUAACAGAAAAAAAGAAGUCAAAGUUAAAUUCUUGACUAAACCAUAUCUUCUCAAAAGAAGGUAGUAAUCAAAUUGAAGGAUUUUGAAUACACAUCGAAAAAUCACAAGUAUAUUGUGUACAAUACAAACAACAAAAUUAAUUUAUUUGUUAACCAAUUUAUUUGUUAGUGAUUAAAAUUUUUAAUAUUUGAUAACACUGAUAUAUUAAGACACAAAUUCCUUUGAAGGCAAAGGCACAGUCAUUUUUUUUUUUUUCGAGAGAGAGAACAAAAUAAAUUAUUAAGUACUUUCAACUUUACCAAUGCAGUUUACAUUUUGUUCGCAAAGCAUGACCAGAAAGAAAAUGUGUCAAAUGAAAGAAGUUAAGUGGAUAUUCUUAAUGACUCUUCUGACUUCAAACCAACACGCUGUGUACAGACAAUGAAGCCAGUGUUCACAAGAAAGAAUAUUUCAGUGCACAAAAGUUCUUAAAUUCAGGGUCAUUAACUUAAUAUUCCAACGAGCAAUGCAUUUUGAUUGUUUGAUUGUGAGCCAAUUGUGAUAAGGAUGAACCUUGCAAAUAGUUUUUUGUAAAAAAAAGAAAUAAAAUAUUUGGACAUAAUAUUAAAAUUUAAGUAUAUAAAAUUGUGGUUAAAUAUAACUUCAUAUUUUGUACAAUAAUUGCAUUUAUAAAACAGUAUUGUAAAUAAAAAACAAUAAAACAUGAAAUCAUAUUAUA